UUUUAAAAGUUUCUGUGAAGUCGUACACAUAUAACGUUAAAUUUCUUUGAUAGAUUAUUAUUUAAAUUUUACAUAUUCUAAUUAUUAUGUAAAUUUUUAAUCAAUUCAAAAACAUCAACAUUAGAUUACAAAAUGACACACACAAGUCAUUCCACUGAAUCUGAGAGUUCUACAGAUUUACAACAUAAAAUCCACCAAGUAUAUGAAAUUUUUACAAAAACAUUUGCUGCAUACUCAAUGGAUCAAGUGUUUCUUUCGUUUAAUGGUGGAAAAGAUUGUACGGUUUUGUUAGAUUUGCUUUAUAAGUACUUAAAGACGCAACCUUUAAUUCACAAUAAAAAUAUUAGAAUAAUCUAUAUACAACCAACAGAACCUUUUGAAGAAGUUGAAGAUUUUGUUGAUAAAUGUACAAAAACUUAUAAUGUUUUCAUUGAAAAAAGACAAGGUAAAUUGAAAAAUAUAUUAGAAGAGGUUUGUGAAGAUAAAAGUUUAAAAGCAGUCAUUAUGGGUUGUAGAAGAACGGAUCCACAUUGCGAAAACCUCGAUUAUAUGCAACUGACAGACCCAAACUGGCCAAUUUUGAUGAGAGUUAAUCCUUUAUUAUUUUGGACUUGUGAAGACAUAUGGAACUACAUCUUAACAUUUAAUGUUCCAUUUUGUUCCUUAUACAAUCAUGGAUAUACUUCGCUUGGAGAUCGUUCUAACACUAAACCGAAUCCACAUUUAAAAAUAGUGAACCCUGUGACAGGUGAAAUAACUUUUCGACCUGCAUAUGAAUUAACACGAGAUGAAUUGGAAAGAGCCGGUAGAAAUAAAUGAAAUUUUCGGACAAAUUUGAUUAAAGACGCUAUUUUGAAUUUGUUUAUACUAUUGUUAAAAUUGUUUAUAUAUACAUAAGUCGAAAUAAAUUUGUGAUAAUUUUAUUUAUUUAA